CUUGCAGACUUUUGCUCUCUGAGAGUUUGUAAUAAGACACAGUCCUCUUACAAGAGUUCAUACUACAACCUAGCAAAAGCAAAGAAUUUAAAUUUUUGGAAGAACAAAACAUUCAUUUUGGCAUUGUACAGAGCAAAGUGAACUCAGUGGCCUCUCCUCCACCCUCAAAAUGACAGCAAUCUCUGCCAUCAGCAGCGCUCUCCUGUUCUCCCUUCUCUGUGAAGUAAGUGCUGUUGUUUUACCCAAUUCCACUGACUCAUCCUCGCCAACCAAUAAUUUCACUGAUAUUGAAGCAGCUCUGAAAGCACAGCUAGAUUCUGCGGACAUCCCCAAAUCCAGGCGGAAGCGCUACAUUUCGCAAAAUGACAUGAUCGCCAUUCUUGACUAUCAUAACCAAGUUCGGGGCAAAGUGUUCCCACCAGCAGCAAACAUGGAAUAUAUGGUUUGGGAUGAAAAUCUCGCAAAAUCUGCCGAGGCUUGGGCAGCUACUUGCAUUUGGGACCAUGGACCUUCUUACUUACUGAGAUUUUUUGGCCAAAAUUUAUCUGUGAGAACUGGAAGAUACCGCUCUAUUCUGCAGCUGGUCAAGCCAUGGUAUGAUGAAGUGAAAGACUAUGCUUUUCCGUAUCCCCAGGACUGCAACCCCAGAUGUCCUAUGAGAUGUUUUGGCCCAAUGUGUACACAUUAUACACAGAUGGUUUGGGCCACCUCCAAUCGGAUAGGAUGUGCAAUUCAUACUUGCCAAAAUAUGAAUGUGUGGGGAGCUGUGUGGCGACGUGCAGUGUACUUGGUAUGCAACUAUGCCCCAAAGGGCAAUUGGAUUGGAGAAGCACCAUAUAAAGUAGGGGUACCAUGUUCAGCCUGUCCUCCAAGUUAUGGGGGAUCUUGUACUGACAACCUUUGUUUUCCAGGAGUAACGUCAAACUACCUAUACUGGUUUAAAUAAGCUUAUCUAUUCUUCCGGGACACAGAAUGGUUUCUGUGAAUCAUAGGUCUAUAUACAUAUUGAG